GGGGCAGCCGGGCGCGGCCGCAGCGCUCUCCAGCCCUAGCGGAGGCCGCGGUGAGCUCGGCCGCUGCCCGCCGCUCAGAACCCGGGCGGUCCUGCAAGCAGCCCGGGUCCUCUGCCCGCCCUACACCUGAUGCCGCUCGUGGGCGGAGCGUCGGGCCAGAAAGAAGAUGUUGAAUUAACUGAUAAAGCUUCUAAUUCUUUUGCAACCAACUUGCCAUCAAGAUAUAUUGACAGAAAGAAAUACAUCAAAAUUUCUGAAACAAUAGAAAAGAAAAUUUUACCUGAAAUUAGAGGUUGGACCCCAGAACAUAAAAAAAGGAAUAUAACAUCACUAUACAUAUGUGAAGAAGAAAAAUUCUCUGAUUUAUCAGGAGAAAAUAAAAUCAAGAAAAAGAAAAAUUUACAAGUACAACUGCAUAGGAAAACAACUGAGAUUGAGUUUCCCUCUCUGAAGCUGUCAACGGAGAAGAGAACUAAAAAAGAAAACUCUAUGUACAAAUUGCCAAAUCAGUACAGCAUUUGCAAGACUUCAUUGCCCCUUCAUACAUCUUCCUCAAUUUUGCGGAAAAAGGAAGUGCUUUCUAACCUCUACCUGACAUUAUAUGAUAAUGUAUCCCAAGGAUACUUAUACUCACAAGAAAUAAAUGCACUUCAUAGAGCCUGUAGAAUUUUUAGUAAAAUUCGAAAUGGUAGGAUUUAUGUGAAUGAUCUGCCAACAGUCCUUAGAAUCUUGAAGAUUUCUGUCAGUGAUUCAGAAAUGCGACAGGCACUAAAGGCAGUUGAUAUUGAUGUUAAUGGAAUACUGGAUUUUUCAAAUUUCCUGAAGACUCUGAAUGAAGUUUCUUAUUUGGUCUCUCAGGAUCCAGCAUUCCAGGAUGCCUUGAAUACUUUCAAUAGGAUAAAACACGGUCGAGUUGUCACUGAUGAAGUGAUUGAUGUUUUGGAUAGCAUGGAUAUCCCUAUAAACCAUGAAACUUUACAGGAAGUGCUAAAAUGUUCCUAUAUUGACAGUAACCACAUGGUGGAUAUUGGAAAUAUUGUAUUUGUUUUGAAUGACCUACAUCAGCAAUAUGAAGAUGUUUCAAUUAUGGAUGGGUCAACCUUGGAUGAAACUGCUUCAAAAAGAAAGUUACCAAGUGUAGCAGAACGCUAUUUAAAACAUAAGAGGAAAAGAAGUCUACCUUCCAAACUGUCUGAAUCUUCAGGAUCCAAAAAGUUGAAUAAAACCCCCCUCCAGCAUCAUAGUAAAUUAAUGGGGGAAAAUGAUGGCUUUGAAUUUAAAAGAGCAAAAAAUAUAUGGCAAGGAAAAAAAUUCCUGGGUGGAAUUGAUAGCAGUAACACAGGAUUCCAGGAACCAUAUCCAUUAAAUGUUAUAAACUUACAAAAGCAUUCAGAGAAGGCUGAAUUUCCUGACUCAAAAGUUACACCACAAAGCUUGAAGAGUAUUACAAGCCUCAAUAAGUCCCUGGGUAAAAGUGAUAUUUCUAGUAUUCCCAAGCUUCAGAAUCCAGCUCUCAGAAAGCAUCUCAACCUCCUAAAACAAGUUUCUUCUAAAGACAAAGCUGCAGUUAAUACUCCAGUUUUAGAAAAUGUCUGUGAAGCUAUCAGUGAAUUCCGAGAUUACAUUGCUGCAGAAGAACUUCAGUCCACUUUGCCUUCAACAGGAAUUCCUACAUUAGAUGAAGAGUUCCAGAAGAAUCUGGCAAAAACUAGAGAUGAAAGUGGAAUGGUGAAGUUAGAUGACUCUUUGAGUACUGUCUCCAAGGAACAAAGUCUUCUUGAAUAUGAUGCAUUGACUGAUGUUAUUAAAGCCAUUGAUAAAAUUAAAGAUGGACGUGUUGGUUAUGCAGAUUUAAAUAACUGUCUUCAGAAUUUUGGAGUUUACCUUUCUAAGCCAGAAUUGGAGAAGAUUGGGGAGUUGACUGAGAUUGAUGAUACGAAAACAGUGAAUUUUAAAGAAUUUGUUGAUACUAUGUUGAACAACACAGACCGCUUCUCUGAAAAAUUACUAUUGCACAAUGUUAUUGAAGACUUCCACAAUCUCAGCAAGGAGAAGAUGAGUGUCUCCGAUUUGUGGAAUACUUUGACUAGUUUGAAUAGUAACUUAAAGAAAGAUGAGUUCUUGGCUGCACUAAAACUAGUAAAAGUUGAUGAAGAUAACAAAGUCCAAUUUGACGAAUUUGCAGAAGCAGUAAAGAAUGUGAAUGAUGCCUCCAGAUUAGAAGAGUCACGAGAGAUUGUGCUAGCUCUUGAUUCACUUGGAGGCGACGUGAUAGCUGAAAAGAACUUGGGAGACUUUCUAAGAAGUGUUGGGAUUAAGUUGCCUCAAGAAGAGGUACAGAAAAUUCUUCAAUCAGAUUUUGUUUCUCAAGACAACAUGGUGAAUAUUAGAGACUUUAUACAGGCUUUGAGAAACACACAGAAAUUUUCUAAUUUUACUGCAUUGAAUGAGACCAUCAAUAAAUUGGAUUGUAUGAAAAGUUCUGAAUCUGAUAAAGACAAAUAUUCAUAUGUACUUGAAGACACCGAUAGAUCUUAUUUUACUGAUGACACUCUUCAAAAAAGAGUAGAUGACUUCUUUGAUAAGGAUUUAUUUAAAGAGAUUAUGGUUCUUAAUAAUAUCAGAAAUGAUAAGAUGCCUGUAAAUGAACUGAGUUCCAAACUCUUGAGUGCUGGAAUUCCAUUGAGCAACAAGAUGUUCCAAGAGAUAUUGAGACAAGCAUCUAUUGAUGAAAACAGCGAAGUAAGUCUCAAAGAAAUCUUGGAGAAUUUGAGCAAGAAUAAGCCAGCUCCUAUAUUGGAAGGUAUAAACACUGCCCUCAAAAAUGUCAACUUGAUAAAUGAUGACAGAAUUCCAGUUAAUGACUUGAAAGAUGCUUUUGAAGACCUCAAUAUCUCUUUAAAGCCUGAAGAACAUCAGAUGUUAGAGAAAACACUUGAUGUUGAUGAAAAAGGAUAUAUUUCCCUAAAAACUGCACUUUUAGCACUGAAGAACAAUAAGCGUUUAGAAGAUUUUAGAGAGGUUAAUGAACUUGCAAAGGCUUUAGACAAGGUCAACAGUGAAAAAAUUGAUUUUGAUGAAGUAAAAUCUACACUGAAAGGCCUAGGGAUUUGUUUUCCAGAGGAAGAAUUACAGGUGGUGCUCUCCUCCAUUUCUGUUGAUAAAGAAGGGAAAGUGGACUUAAAAGAUUGCCUAAGUAGGUUGGUGCAAGCGCCAUAUUUUACCAAAGAUUCAAGUGGAGAAGUUAGCUUCUAUGACCUGGAAAAUAUACAAAAUAUAGGGAUAGAGUUCACAUCUGAAGAACACUUGGAGCCAGAGAAAUUACUUCCACUUAAAGGAUUACAAAUUGAUGCUCAUGACCUUGAUAAUUUACUUGGAAAUGUGGCACUCAAACUCACAGCUGAAGAACUUAAUGCUCUAACCCCAAAUCUAUCAAUUCAUGGAGAAGAGAUUGAUGUUAGUGAUGUGAAAACUGUCCUGGACAAUAUGGGAAUAGAGCAAACACAUAAAGGAAGCCUGGAGCCAAUGAACAUUUUGCCAGUUGAUGCAGCUAAUGCUGAGGUCUAUCAAAAGAAAUUGAUGGAUGGUGUGAAAUCCCCUAAAGGAGGAAUUAUUGAUGUUAGUAAACUGGACACUAUUUUGCAAAACAUGGAGAUGAAACUCACAGAAACUGAAGUUAGUGAUCUUAAGCAAAACAUGCCAAUUGAUGAAGGGAUUAGUGAUAUCAAUGAAGUGGAUAUUCUUUUGAAAAGGAUGAGGAUGAAUCUUGCUGAAAAGGAAACUAGUGAUCUGAUACAUAAUCUGCCAGUUGAUGGACUUGUUGAUGUCACUGAACUGGGCAGUGUUUUGCAAAACAUGGGAAUGAAACUCUCAGAAAUGGAAAGUAAAGAUUUAAUAGAGAAACUACCUGUUGAUGUUAAUGAGAAGAUUAAAACAACAAAGUUGAUGGAUGCAAUGAAAGCUUUUACUGGAAAAAAGGUCGAUGCCAAUGAUCUGCCCAACGUUCUGGGGAGCAUGGGGAUCGAGCUCACAGAAGGAGAAUGUGCAGAACUGCAGGAAGCCAUUCCCACCGAUGCUGCUGGAAAGGUGUAUCAGAAGAGAUUGGUGGAUGAUGUAAAGUCUAUGAAAGGAGGGAUGGUUGAAGUCAGUAACCUAGGCACAGUUCUGGAGAACCUGGGUAUUGAACUUACAGAAAAAGAACAUGAAGGUCUGACAGAAAAUCUACCACUUAAUGAAAAUGGGAAGGUUGAUUUCAAAAAGUUGAUGGAACAAGUGAAUAUUAUUAAAGGAGGAGAAAUCGAUGUCUGUGACUUGAAAAAUGUUCUUGGAAAAAUGGGGAUAACACUCACAAAUAAGGAAUUUCUGAAUCUGGUACAAAAUUUACCAAUAGAUGCUAAUGAAAAAAUCUAUAAGAAUAGAUUGCUGGAUGGCUUGAAGUCUCUUAAUGGAGGUCUUAUUGGUGUAAAUAAACUGGACUCAUUUUUGGAAGACAUAGGAUUGAACCUCACAGAGGAAGAAAUUAAGGAUCUAAGAUGCAAACUGUCCACUGAUGCAAAUGGAGAAGUUGAGAUGAGAAAGUUGUGGGAUGAAUUGAAAGCUUUUACAGGACAAAGGAUUGAUGUGCAGCAUCUACCAGAUUUUAUAAGCAACAUGGGUAUUCAGCUAACAGAAGAAGAACAAAUGAAGCUGGUAAACAUGCUCCCAGUUGAUGCUGCUGGAAAAACCUAUAAAAAUAGAUUAUUAGAUGCUGUGAAGUCCUUCAAAGGAGGGAAAGUUGAAAGAAGCAAAAUGGAUGCUGUUCUAGAAAACAUGGGAAUCAAGCUCACAGAAAAAGAGCUUGAAUGUCUGGCGGAUAACAUUCCAAUUAAUGUUGAUGGGAAGAUUGAACUCAAUAAAUUGGUAGAUGCAGUGACCACUGUUACAGGAGAAGAAGUUGAUGCCAGUGAUAUAAAAAAUACUCUGGGAAACAUGGGGAUAGAGCUCACAGAUAAAGAAUGUUUGGAGCUAGAGAAGAAUCUAUCAGUUGAUGCUGAUGGAAAGGUGUACCAGAACAGGUUGAUGGGUGGUGUGAAAACCCUUAAAGGAGGGAUUGUUGAUGUCACUAAACUGGACACUGUUUUGCAAAACAUGGGAAUGAAGCUUACAGAAAUGGAGAGAAAAGAUUUAAUAGAGAAACUGCCUGUUGAUGCUAUUCAGAAAGUUGAUAUGAAAAAGUUAAUGGAUGAAAUGAAAGCUUUUACUGGAAAAAAGGUCGAUGCCAAUGAUCUGCCCAACGUUCUGGGGAGCAUGGGGAUCGAGCUCACAGAAGGAGAAUGUGCAGAACUGCAGGAAGCCAUUCCCACUGAUGCUGCUGGAAAGAUGUAUCAGAAGAGAUUGUUGGAUGGUGUGAAGUCUAUGAAAGGAGGAAUGGUUAAAAUCAAUAACCUAGACAAUGUUCUGAAAAACCUGGGAAUUGAACUCACAGAAAAGGAACAUGAAAGUCUGACAGAAAAUCUGUCACUUAGUGCUAGUGGAACGACUGAUCUAAGUAAAUUGCUGGAAGCAGUAGAAAUUGUUACAGGAGGAGAAAUUGAUACUGAAAAUGCUCUGGAGGAAAUGGGAAUAGCUCUCACAGAGAAGGAACAUGAAGAACUUAUAACAAAUCUAUCAGUUGAUGAUAAUGGAAAAGUCUUCAAAAAUAGAUUACUGGAUGGUUUGAAAUCAUUUAAUGGAGGGUUUAUUAAUGUCAAUAAGCUUGAUUCAGUUGUGAAAAACAUGGGAUGUAAACUCUCGGAAGAAGAAAUUAAGGAUUUGAAAUGCAACCUGCCCACUAAUGUAGAUGGGAAAGUUGCAAUGAGUGAGUUGUUUGAUGAAUUAAAAGCUUUUACAGGAAAAGAGAUUGAUGUGCAGGACCUCUCAGAUUUUCUGAGUAACAUGGGUAUUGAGCUAACAGAUAAAGAACAGAUAAAGCUGCUGAACGAGCUGCCAGUUGAUGCUUCUGGGAAGAUCUAUGAAAAUAGAUUGUUGAAUGGUGUGAAGUCUUUCAAAGGAGGGAAAGUUCAAAAAAGUAAAAUGGAUAGUGUUCUAGAAAACUUGGGGAUUAAACUCACCGAAAAGGAGCUUGAACAUCUAGCAGCUAAGUUGCCAGUCAAUGAUGCUGGGAAUAUUAAUUUCAGUGAAUUGAUGGAGGAAGUGAAAAUUAUUACAGGAGGUGAAGCAAGUAUCAGGGAAAUAAAAAGUGUUCUUGGAAGUAUGGGCGUAGAGCUCACAGAGAAGGAAGACUCAGAAUUGGCGAAAAUGUUACCUGUUGAUGCUGAUGGAAAGUUCUAUCAGAAUAGGUUGAUGAAUAGUGUGAAAUCUCUUAAAGGAGAAAAGAUUGAUAUCAAUAAACUAGACACAUUGCUGGAAAACAUGGGGAUGAAAGUUUCAGAAAAGGAACUUAAAGAUAUUGCAGAGAAUCUACCAGUGGAUGUUGAUGGUAAAGUGAAAAUAAAAAAGUUGUUGAAUACAAUGAAUGUUUUUUCAGAUGAAAAUAAGAUUGACAUAAAUGAUCUGAAAAACACUCUAGGAAGCGUGGGAAGUGAGCUCACAGAAGAAUUCCUAAAUCUUCAGCAAACUGUACCAGUUGAUGGUGGGAAAGUUAAUGUUAAUAGCAUAGACAUAGCUCUUCAAAACGUGGGGAUCAAACUUACAGAAUCAGAACUGAAAGAUCUGGCAGAAAAUCUAACAGUUGAUGCUAAUGGGAAGGUUAAUCUUCAUAAGUUGAUAGAUGGAGUGAAAGCUCUAACAGGAGGAGUUAUCGAUAUCAGUGAUGUGGAAAAUAUUCUGGGAAACAUGGGGAUAGAUCUCACAGAAAAGGAACGGUUGAAGUUACUGAAAAAUUUGCCAGCAGAUGCAGAUGGAAAGAUCUAUCAAAAUAGAUUGAUGAGUGGUUUGAAGUCUCUUAAAGGAGGGACAAUUGAUGUCAAUAAAUUGCACACAGUUCUGGGAAACAUGGGCAUGAGACUCACAGAAAAGGAACUGAAAGAUCUGACACAGAAGCUAUCAGUGGAUGGUGAUGGAAAAGUCAAUCUUAAAAGUAUGAUGGAUGAAGUGAAAAAUUUCUCAGGAAAAAAAGUUCAUAUCUGUGACCUUCAAAGUCUUCUGAAAAACAUGGGGAUUGAACUGACAGAUACAGAAUGCUUAGAGCUGAAGAAAACCCUGCCAACGGAUGCUGCUGGAGAGGUGUUUCAGAAUAGGAUCUUGGAUGGUGUAAAGUCUCUCAAAGGAGGGAUGGUUAAUAUCAAUGACCUGAACAAAGUUCUUGGAAAUAUGGGAAUUAAACUCACAGUAAAAGAACUUGAAGAUCUUACAAAAAACCUCCCAGUUAAUGCUAAUGGGAAGACUGUUCUCAGUAAGCUAAUAGAUGAAGUGCAAGCUGUUACAGGAGAAGAUGUUGAUAUCGAUGAUGUAAAAGAUGUUGUAGAAAACAUGGGGAUAGAACUUACAGAAAAGGAAUGCAUGGAGCUGGUGGAAAAAUUAUCAGCUUAUGCUGAUAGAAAAAUCUUUCAGAACAGAUUGCUAGAAGGCUUAAAGGCGCUUAAAGGAGGUAAAAUUGAUGUCAAUAAACUAGACACAGUUCUGGGAAACAUGGGGAUGAGUCUCACAGACAAGGAACUUGAAGAGCUGACACAGGGCCUCCCAGUUAAUGUUGAUGGGAAAGUUGAUAUGAAAAAGGUGAUGAAUAAAGCAAAAACUUUCACAGGUGAAAAGAUCGAUAUCAAUAACCUGGAAAAAGCACUGGAAAACAUGGGUAUCAAACUUUCUGAAAGAGAGCUUACAAAGCUGAAGAUAACACUGCCAGUUAGUGAUGAUGGAAAGGUGCGCCAGAAUAGGGUACUGAAGGGUGUAAAGUCUUUGAAAAGAGGAAAGGUUGACAUAAACAACUUAGGCCCUCUUCUAGAAAAUAUGGAUAUCAAACUCACUGAAAAAGAACUUAUACAGCUGAGAGACGGCCUACCUAUAGAAGCUGAUGGAAGAGUUGAUCUGAAUAAGAUAAUGGAUAGAAUAAAAGCAAUUACAGGAGGGAAGGUUGAUGUCAAUGAUGUGAAAAGUGUUCUGGAAAACAUGGGGAUAGAACUCAAGGAUGAGGAAUUCUUGGAACUGUUGAAAAACCUGCCACUAGAUGAUGAUGAAAAAAUCUUCCAAAACAGGUUGCUGGAAAGUGUGAAAUCUCUUAAAAGUGGGAAUGUCAGUGUCAAUAAUUUGAAGCCUAUACUGGAUAAUAUGGGAAUCAAGCUAAAGGAUAACGAACUUAAAGAUUUGACUCAAAAUCUCCCUGUUGGUGUUGAUAAGAAAAUUUCUCUAGAAACAUUGAUGAAUAAAUUGAAAAUUUUUACAGGUGAGAAGGUUGAUUCUAGUGGCCUGAAAAGUACCCUGAGGGACCUGGGGAUUGAGCUCACAGAUAAGGAACAAGAGAAGCUGCUGGAAACCCUAUCAACUGAUGCUUCUGGAAAAAUAUAUCAGAAGAGGUUACUGAAGGCUCUUAAGUCUCUCGAGGGAGGGAAGGUUCAUGUUAAUAACCUAGACAAUACUCUAGAAAGAUUGGGAAUUGAGCUCACAGAAAAGGAACUUACAAAGCUGUCAGAAAACCUACAAGUUGAUGUUACUGGGAAGACGGAUCUGAAAGAGGUGAUGGACAGAGUAAAAGCUACUACAGGAGGAGAAAUUGAUGCCAGAGAUGUGAAAACUGUUCUGAGUAACAUGGGAAUAGAAUUUACUGAUGAGGAACACUUACAACUGGUGAAAAAUCUGCCUGUCAAUGAUGAAAACAAAAUCUUUAAGAGCAGGUUGUUAGAAGCUGUCAAGUCUCUUAAAGGUGGGAAAGUAAAUGUCAACAACCUUGACACCAUCCUGGACAAUCUGGGAAUUAAGCUGUCAAAUACAGAACUAAAAGAUCUGACUCAAAACAUGCAAGUUGAUGUUGAUAAGAAAAUUCCUCUAGAAGCACUGAUGGAAAAAGUCAAAGACUUUACAGGUAAGAAGAUUGAUUCUAGUGACAUAAGAAAUGUUCUGGGAAACCUCAGUAUUGAGCUUACAGAAAAGGAACUAGAGAAGCUGUUGAAAACAUUGCCGGUUAAUGAUGCUGGAAAGGUGUAUUAUAAUCGGUUGCUGAAGAGCAUAAAGUCUCUGAAAGAAGGGAAGAUUAAGAAGAAUAACCUCCAUUCUACUUUAAAAAGUAUCGGAAUCAAGCUCACAGAAGAGGAACUUGCUGAACUGUCAAAAAACCUACAUGCUGAUGAAAAUGAGAAUGUUGAACUGCAUGAUGUGAUGAAAGAAAUAAAAGCCAUUACAGGGAAAGUUGACAUAAAAAACCUGGAGACAAUUCUAGGCAACAUGGGAGUCAAGCUCACCAAACAGGAACUUGAAUCUCUGACACAAAGCCUGCCAGUCAGUGCUGAUAAGAAAGUGGCUCUAAAAACUUUGGAGAAUGAAGUGAAAGCUUUUAUUGGAGAAAAGAUAGAUUCUGAUGACAUACAAAAUAUUCUAAAAAACAUGGGGAUUGAGCUCACAGAUAAGGAACAAAAGCAUCUGCUGAAAGCAUUGCCCAUUGAUGCUAAUGGAAAGGUGUUUCGAAACAAGUUGCUGAAGGAAGUGAAGAAUAACAAAGGAGGAAAGGUUAAUGUGAAUUAUCUGGAUGCUAUUUUAGAUAACAUGAAUAUCAAGAUUACAGAAAAAGAACUUCAAAAGAUAAAGGAUCUUCUGAGAGAUGCAGAUAAGAAAGUUGAUCUGAAAAAACUGAUGGACAAAGUGGAAGCUGUUAUCGGAGAGGAAAUUGACGUCAGUGAUGUGGAAACAGUUCUAACAAACAUGGGGAUAGAGCUCCCAGAAAAAAAACUCUCAUAUCUGAUAAAUAAUCUUCCAGUUGAUGAUGGGAAGGUUUAUCAGAAAAGGCUGCUGGAUGGCAUAAAGCAUCUCAAAGGAGGGAAGAUUGAUUCCAGUAAAGUGAAUACAGUUUUGGAAAACAUGGGCAUAAACCUCACUGAAACAGAGCUUAAAGAUCUAGCAAAAAAUCUGGCAGUUGACGGUAAUGGUAAAAUUAAUCUAGAAAAUGUGAUGAAUGAAAUGAGACCUUUCACAGGAGACAAAAUUGAUACAAAUAAACUUACGAGUGUUUUAGAAAAUAUGGGGAUUGAGCUCACACCAGAUGAGCACUUGAACUUAUUAAAGACAUUACCAGUUGAUGCUAAUGGAAAAGUGUAUCAGAAAAGGCUUAUGAAGGCCAUAAAGUCUCUCAAACGAGGCAAUAUUGAUGUUGAUAAACUAGACACUCUCUUAGAAAACAUGGGAAUCAAAACCACAGAAAAAGAGUUCAUGGAUCUCACAGAAAGACUGCCCAAUGAUGCUAAAGGAAAAGUCAAACUUAGUGAGUUAAUGAAAGAAUUGCAUGCUGUUUUAGGAAAUCAGGUAGAUGUCAGAGACCUAGAAAAUGCUCUGAAAGACUUGUUGGUAGAAGUCACAGACGAGGAAUAUUCACAUUUACUAAAAUCUCUACCACUUGAUGCUGAAGGAAAACUAUACAAAAAAACAUUGCUGGACAGUCUGAAGGCUCUCAAAAGAGGAAAAGUUGAUAUGAAUAACCUGAACUCAUUCCUGGACAAUAUGGGCCUUAACCUCUCACAAAAAGAACUUGAAGAUUUUUUACAAAACCUACCAGUUGAUGUUGAUGGGAAGGCGCAUCUGAAAAAUGUGACACAGCGAAUGAAAGAUUUUACAGGAGAAAAGAUCAAUGCCGGUGAUCUGAAAAAUGUUCUUAAAAACAUGGGGAUAGAAGUCAGUGAUAAGGAAUGUGCGGAACUGCUAGCAUUACUACCAGUUGAUGAUGAUAACAAAGUUUUUCAGAACAGAUUACUAACAGGUUUGAAGUCUUUCAAAGGAGGAAGGGUUGAUGUCAAUAAGUUGAAAAACAUUCUAAGGAACAUGGGAAUCAAACUCAAAAAUAAGGAACUUAAAAAUAUAAUACGAAAUCAGUUUAUUGAUGCUAAUGGAUACAUUUCUCUGAAGAAGGUGAUUGAUGAUGUGGAAGCAGUUACAGCUUCUGGGAUUACUGAUCUGCAUAAAUUAUUAGAAGAAGUAAAGGAAUUCACAGGUGAGCAAGAUAUUUUGUGUAAACGUGUAAAAGUCAAAUGCAAAUACUUCGCAUUCACAUAUAUAUUCUAAGUUAUACUUUCUUAU